UGAGGCGCCAUUUCGUCGCCGCCUCGGACUGGAGCGGAGCGCCCGGGAGUCCUUCGCUUCUCUCCGCGCCUUUCCCGAAGAGAGGCCUCUCCGUCCCCGGCGGGACUCGGGAAGUAAGUUGCUCGUCCGCCAGGCUCCCUUUCCCGGGCGAGCCUCGUCCUGACUCGGGGGCGAAAGGCGCCUCAGAAAAUCCCCCCCCCCAUCACUAACUCACGAACUCAGUCGCCCCAAAGUCUUUUGCUGGAGCGCUUCGCCUCCGACUUCGCAUGGCAACGUAUUCAGGCUGCUGUAAAACCAUCGCUUCCGUUGGUUGGGCUCGGCGCCAAAUAAUAAUAAUAAUAAUAAUAGAAAGCAACGUGAGAAACUACAGAACUCUUACAUAACGCAGUCCUCCUUUAUGACAUAGGUGGUUUAAAUGCUUGUUCUUUCUCUGAUGCCUAACACACAUGGGAGCAUGUGGGAUGAUAUUUUUUAUAACCAGCAACCAGAAAUAAUUUUUGAUUUGAUUAUAUUACUAAUGUAAUUACCUGGACAUAGUUGGGGCUGCUUUUUUGGGGGAGGCUAGGGGAAAACUGUAUUUGAUUGCUUGUAUUUGAUUCUGUGUUGUUCUUAUAUGCAACUAAUGAAUGAAUGAAAUACUUUAUUGUCACUUGUUCAACUUGUAUACAGUGAGAUUACACAAGCACCCCCCACUCAGCUCUCUUAGUCUUAAUUCCCCUCGUUUACUGACACCCACCCACCAAACCCGAAACUCAGUUGUCCUGUUGUUCUCUUUUCAUUCAGCAGCCUAACAGCCCACAGAUAGAAGCUGUUCUUUACCCUGUUGGUGCGACCAAUCCUGCUUCUGUAUCUUCUGUUGUAGGGCAGGAGAUUUCUGGGUUUGGAUUUCUGUGUGGUGGGUGGCUGGGGGAAUAGUUGAGAAGGGGUUUGCAAGAAUCUGGAAGCUUGUGUGUUUUCUAGGAGGCUUGGUGCUUUUGAAUUUUUUGGAUGUGAAGCACUGAUAUAUUUUUGGGGGGUUUGCGAAGGUAGGAGCUGUGCUGCCAUGGGGCCCAAGAAGACUGCUGCUGCAGAGGCCGGCGAGAGGAAGACGGACGACCAGGAGCUGGUCGAACUGCAGGCAGAGGCUGAUCAGGAGCAGGCCUUGCUGGAAGAGGAACAGCUGUCCUCCAAAGAACUGAGGGACAUUUGCCAGAAGUGGGAAGAUGUGCAGGCUUUUGCACAGCGGUACCACCCUGACAAGGACCGGACACGUGACCUUGCGAACACUUUUGAUACGAGGCUCAUGUCGUCUUUCAGGGAGGUGCUGAAAAGGCGGAUGAAGCAGCAGACCAUGGACGGGUUCUUCAGCAAGAAGCAAAGAGUGGAAGAGGAACCUUCUUCGAGUUGUCCCCCAGAGUCUUAGAAAAUGUAUGUACAGUACUGUACACUUUGGUGAUUUUUAAAUGCUUUUCUGUCAUGUUUAGAAACUUAAAUUAUAGUUCCUUCGAAUUUUUGAAAUGCUCUUUACAGUAUGUGUGACUUUAAAGAGCACUUAAUAAACUCUUGUUGUACCAAAUUUGGCUUUGUUUGGACUUUUUUUGACCAUAGGAACGCAUUAAUUGAUUUUCAAUGCAUUCCUAUGGGAAUCCGUGCUUCGCAAGACGAAAAAUUCGCAAGACGAAAAAACUCGCAGAAUGAAUUAAUUUCGUCUUGCGAGGUACCACUGUGCUUCAGUUUAAGAACAGUUUCAGGUUAAGAACCGACCUCCAGAACGAAUUAAGUACGUAACCAGAGGUACCACUGUACUGUCCCACCAUCUUGUCCUCUGUCGUCCCCUUCUCCUUGUGCCCUCCAUCUUUCCCAACAUCAGGGUCUUUUCCAGGGAGUCAACCAUAUGUCAGGAGUGCUCUGAUGGUGUUUCCAGCUUGGCAGGGGGUUGGACUCAAUAGCCCUUGUGGUCUCUUCCAACUCUAUGAUUCUCUUCUUGUGAGGUGGCCAAAGUCUUGGAGCCUCAGCUUCAGGAUCUGUCCUUCCAGUGAGCACUCAGGGCUGAUUUCCUUCAGAAUGGAUAGGUUUCAUCGGCGAUCAGCCGCCUUGAUGGUCCAGCUCUCACUUCCAUACAUCACUACUGGGAAAACCAUAGCUUGCACUAUACGAACCUUUGUUGGCAAGGUGAUGUCUCUGCUUUUUAAGAUGCUGUCUAGGUUUGCCAUCGCCUUUCUCCCAAGGAGCAGACGUCUUUUAAUUUCGUGGCUGCUGUCACCAUCUGCAGUGAUCAUGGAGCCCAAGAAAGUAAAAUCUCUCACUGCCUCCAUUUCUUCCCCUUCUAUUUGCCAGGAGGUGAUGGGACCAGUGGCCAUGAUCUUCGUUUUUUUGAUGUUGAGCUUCAGACCAUAUUUUGCACUCCCCUCUUUUACCUUCAUUAAAAGGUUCUUUAAUUCCUCCUCACUUCCUGCCAAGUGUUUUAUCUGGAGAUACUGCCAUUGAGCAUUUGUAGGUAAUCUGUAUUUGUCUCUUAGGAUGGACUAUGUUUAAAAUUCAUCCUCUUCGUUUAUCAACUGGUCUAAUGUUAAUAUACCGAAAUUCAUCCAUCUCUCCCAUAUUACCAUUUCUUUCCUGGUUUUAAAGACAGGUUUCCCCACAAAGGCAUUUUAUUGUGGGAGCAAAGGUCAAAUUUAUAUUUUUUGGACAUGUGGUAUCAUUCUAACUGAUGUUAUUGUUUCAAUAGCAUCUUGAGUAUUAAUGCAUGUAUUUAGACCCAAGUGCUACCCAUCUUUCUAGAGGUGCUACAUAGGAAUAUUCCAAAGCAGCCCAAUUUGGACAGUUGUUUUCAGUUAUGGGUCUCCAGGAUUGUCUACCUGACGGCAAAUAUACUUGGUGAUACAUUUCUAAGUCUGGGAUCCAAAAUCCUCCUCCUUUUAUCGGUAUCUGCAUUUUUUGCAUAGAUAUUCUUGGAACUGAAGAGCCCCAAAGGCAUUUUCUAAACAAAGAUUUAAUUUUGAGAAAGUAUUUGCUCGGUAUGUGAAUUGGAAUUCCUCUUAAGAUAUAAACUAGGUAUUACGUUCAUUUUAAGAGCAUUGACUUUUCUCCACAGGGUCAGGUUCAAUGACUCCCAUCCAGUGCUUUUUUUCUUUAAAAAUGUUUAGGGGUACUCUCAUUCUACUACUCAUAUUGAAAUAUUGCUCCUCAAUGAGGCCAGAAAUAGAUUCACAAAAUGUUUAGGGGUGUGCAUACCCCAGAAAAAAGCACUGCUGUCACCUGUCUAUGUCUAUUGAUACCUCAUGGUAUAUUUUGUUGUUUAAUGACACUAAUUUAGAUAAGUCUCAUGGUGUUAAUGUGCCUAGAUAUUUAAUGUUGUCUUUGCAAACAUGAAACUGGUAUUGUUUAAACCAGUGUGGGUGUGUUUCUCUACUUGCCCCUGGAACACCCCAAAGAGGGUGAGAAGGCGCAAGGGGGCAGCCCAGGGGCAAGGAGAGCAGUGCCUCCCCCCCCCCCCCAGCUAUCCAUCUGCUUGUGAGCAGUGGUGGCAGUUUCUUCACUCUGCCUAAUCAGGGAGCUGGCCCUGCCACACGGUUCAACUUCAAAAUUAGGAUAGCUGGUCAAAGUCAUUGACAACCCUCGCUUAAAUAUACAUUCAUGUACAGCCCCCCCCCAAACCACUCCAUAGAAUAAGGGUCAGCAAACUUUUUCAGCAGGGGGCCGGUCCACUGUCCCUCAGACCUUGUGGGGGGCGGACUAUAUUUUUGGGGGGGGGGAGAAAAAAGAAUGAAUUCCUAUGCCCCACAAAUAACCCAGAGAUGGAUUUUAAAUAAAAGGACACAUUCUACUCAUGUAAAAACACGCUGAUUCCCGGACCGUCUGUGGGCUGGAUUUAGAAGGCGAUUGGGCCGGAUCCGGCCCCCGGGCCUUAGUUUGCCUACCCAUGCCAUAGAAUGAUAGAACUGCAGUGUUGAAAGAGACCCUAAGGGCCAUCUAGUCUAACCCCCUGCAAUGCAGGAACCGCAGAUGAGCUUGCGUUCAAGAUACAGGCCUAGAAGGCUCAGCUCCAGGGAUUCUGGCCGGGGGAUCCAUGGAGGUUGAAGGAAAAGGAGAGGGCAUUAAGUGGAGGGCGUGUGGCUCACAGAAGCUGGAAGGGACCCCCAAGAGUCAUCUAGUCAACCCCCUGCCGUGUGGGAAUCCACCAAGUGCCUGAGGAAGCUGCCUGCCAUGGCUUGGACCAGAGGGACUGGCCCCCGCCUCCGCCCCCUCCUCAGGAAGCCAGGACCCUCUGCAACACACCACAUCCCCUCCCCACCCCUGACGUUCCGCCUCCUCACCUGCCCUCCUCGCUUGGCCCCUCUUUCCUCAGCGCCUGCACCAGCUCCUGGUCGAACUUGGCAGCCUGGGCGACCAGCCGGGGUCUCCUCGCUGGCGGUGACGGAGAGGCCCAGGCCGAAGGCCAGGAAGCGAGAGAGGUGGCCCUGGGGGAAAAGGGGGAGAAGACACUGUAAAUAAAGAAGACACUAUGAAUAAAGCAGGCUUUGCGAGACUCCGAAAAGGAAGAGGAACCCGAGAGGCCUCUUGCAUCCCUACUUACCUGGCCAGCGCCCACGUCAACCACCUGGCGGCACCCCGUGAGCUCACUCAGCCGCUUCACCAUCUGCGGGGAAACGGGAGUCAGGGAGGCCCCUGUGGAGCUGCCCACUCAGGGAGCGAAGGUGGAGGGAGCCCCUGGUGGCUUCAGCGAGGGGCAGCGGCUGCUUCCCAGGAGAGGGAGAGGAGGAGGAUGGGCAGCAGCAGCAGCAGGAGAGGAAACCAGGUGUGGCUGGAGGAAGAGGUGGAGGGGAGUGUGCGAAGAGGUGGAAGGGAGUGUGCUGGGCAGGGCCACGGGGGCAUCAGAGGCACAGCAGUAGUUCCUGCAGUGACCAGCAGCAGCUCUGGCAACAGCCCCCCCCCCCCCCCCGAAGCAGAUGCCUUGCUUGGACCCUAUGACAGGCUGUGGAGGUCUUAUUCUGGGGGCUGCCUGGUUGGCACUGACUCACAGCAGGGCCUUUUCAGUGGUGGCUUCCUGUUUGUGGAAUACCCUCCCUUGGGAGUUGUGCCCGCCUCCCUCGUAAUUGGCUUUCUGGAGUGCGUUCAAGAUGGAUUGAUAAUAUGGACAGAUUAGCUACAUCCGAACGAACUGCAUGUCAACACAAAUUAAGAAUGGAUAAAUAGGAAGAAAUCUGGAAUGAAUAUUUAAGCGAUAAAGCGGAUAAUGGUGGGAGGUGGGGAGAGGACAGAGAGGUGGGAAAAUAUUGUUAAAAAGGUUUAUUCAUAGGUAUAUCCGUGUAUUCAAAUCUGAACUGUCAAAUUGUGUUAUUGUUGUUAUGGUUUUUGCUGUAUGUGUCUUUUGCAGUUGUUGUUUGUAUCGACAAAAUGAAGAAAUAAUAUAUUUUUUUAAAAGACCUUUGUCUGUACUCAGGCUUGGCAUCUGAUGUGUGUUCCUGGUGACCCCCAAAUCCCUUUUUGGUAGAAAACAAAUGCCCUGUUUUGAGAAUGCUUUCCGGUCGUGGUGCGUUUGCUACCCUGGGCUGGAUGUGAAAGGAACAAGUGAGAACAGGGCUGGGCCUGGCAGUGGGGGUAGCAGUUCUUGCCUCCUUGGUGACACGCAGCUGGGCUCGCUGACUCGAGCCGCCCUCCCUCCCCAGCUCAGCCAUACCUGCCCCAGCCGACGGAUCUCGUGCUGCUUCUUGGGCUUGACGUGUUUCCGGAAAAGCGGCGGGAGCCUGGAGCUCUGGCAAUGGUUGUCUUGCAGUGGUGGAAAGCAGGAAAUUAAUUAAUGUGUACUCUGCCUCUUCCCCUGCCUCAGGGCAGCUUACAGAUAACGUAAGAGCAGCUGAAAACAUAUGGGGCAGAGAAAAACAAACACAAAUAAGUACUAAUCGAAUGAAAAAGACGUAUGUAUAUGCAUGUAUAAAUGUCCCUAUUUCCCAACAGAUGUCAAGAAAAUAAACAACUACAGUGGAGUCAUCGGUUGCAAACGUGAUCUGUGCAGGAUGCAUGUUCGCAACCUGCAGCGGUGCAUCUGUGCACGUACGGAUUGCGAUUUGGUGCUUCUGUGCAAUGCUCAAUUUAGAGCUUCUGCGCAACUUCCGAAACCCGGAAGUAACCCGUUCCGGUACUUCUGGGUUUCGGCGGGUGUGUAACCCGAAAAAAACGCAACCUGAAGCGGCUGUAACCCGAGGCAUGACUGUAUCCAACUUUUAGAAGACAUCUGAAGGCAGCCCUGUUUAGGGAAGUUUUCAGUGUUUGAAGUUUUAUUCUGUUUUUUAUGUUCUGUUGGGAGCCACCCAAAGUGGCUGGGGGAAACCCAGCCAGGUGGGCGGGGUAGAAAUAAUCCUGAAGGAGCAUCUCCACCCCCAUAGUUCUGCCCGGACACUGAGAUCCAGCGCCGAGGGCCUUCUGGCGGUUCCCUCAUUGUGAGAAGUGAGGUUACAGGGGACCAGGCAGAGGGCCUUCUCGGUGGUGGCACCCGCCUUGUGGAACGCCCUCCAACCAGAUGUCAAAGAGAACAACAACUACCAGACUUUUAGAAGACAUCUGAAGGCAGCCCUGUUCAUGGAAGCUUUUAAUGUUUAACACUGUAUUGUUUUUAAUACUUGAUUGGGAGCCGCCCAGAGUGGCUGGGGAAACUCAGCCAGGUGGGCGGGGUAUAAAUAUUUAUUUAUUUAUUUUUAUCACCAUCCUCUAUCAAUGCACGUUCUGUUAAAAACACACAGGCAAUUCCCACAAAAACGGCACCUUCAAAGCAGCCUUCAGAACAGAUCCCUUCGGGACCCAGAUCCGAGGAAGGCCUUGCUCCCUCCAGGCGGGGCUCCCAGAGAGUAAGAGAGACUGGGCGAAGAGGCCGCUCUAUCCCUUGCCACGUCUAUGGUCCUGCGUCCCCCCAGAGCGACGGGAGGGGGCGGGGGGGGCCUUUCCAGGGGGCGGGACCCGCCCCGGAGUGGUGAACCUGGCGGGCCGCCCCCCUCUCCUCCCCCCCGCCCCCCCCCGCGGAGCCUGCGCUCUCCCCCCCCCCCGCCCGCCGGGGCAGAGAGAGAAGCCGGCCUUACCGUCGCGCCGGAAGUCCUUGUGUCCUGACCCGGAAGAGCUUCCUGCGCCCAAGACCCGGCUCCCUGGCCCUGAGGGCGCCAUUUCCUCGCCGCCUCGGACUGGAGCGGAGCGCCCGGGGGUCCUUCGCCUCUCUCCGCGCCUUUCCUGAAGAGAGGCCUCUCCGUCCCCGGCGGGACUCGGGAAGUAAGUUGCUCCUCCGCCAGGCUCCCUUUCCCGGGCGAGCCUCGUCCUGACUCGGGGGCGAAAGGCGCCUCAGAAAAUCCCCCGCCCCCCCCUCACUAACUCACUAACUCAGUCGCCCCAAAGUCUUUUGCUGGAGCGCUUCGCCUCCGACUUCGCAUGGCAACGUAUUCAGGCUGCUGUAAAAACAUCGCUUCCGUUGGUUGGGCUCGGCGCCAGGGAACCUCCCCAGUUCCAAAUAAUAAUAAUAAUAAUAAUAAUAAUAGAAAGCAACGUGAGAAACUACAGAACUCUUACAUAGCGCAGUCCUCCUUUAUGACACAGGCAUCAAAGAAAGAACAAGCAUUUAAACCACCUAACACACGUGGGAGCAUGUGGAAUGAUAGUUUUUUAAACCAGCAACUAGAAAUAAUUUCUGAUUUGAUUAUAUUACUAAUGUAAUUACCUGGACAUAGUUGGGGCUGCCUAUGAUUCUCUUCUUGUGAGGUGGCCAAAGUACUGGAGCCUCAGCUUCAGGAUCUGUCCUUCCAGUGAGCACUCAGGGCUGAUUUCCUUCAGAAUGGAGAGGUUUCUUCGGCGAUCAGCCUUCUUUAUGGUCCAUCUCUCACUUCCAUACAUCACUACUGGGAAAACCAUGGCUUUAACUAUACGAAUCUUUGUCGGCAAGGUGAUGUCUCUGCUUUUUAAGAUGCUGUCUAGGUUUGUCAUUGCUUUUCUCCCAAGAAGCAGGCGUCUUUUAAUUUCGUGGCUGCUGUCACCAUCUGCAGUGAUCAUGGAGCCCAAGAAAGUAAAAUCUCUCACUGCCUCCAUUUCUUCCCCUUCUAUUUGCCAGGAGGUGAUGGGACCAGUGGCCAUCUUCGUUUUUUUCGUUUUUUUGAUGUUGAGCUUCAGACCAUAUUUUGCGCUCCCCUCUUUUACCUUCAUUAAAAGGUUAUUUAAUUCCUCCUCACUUCCUGCCUAGUGUUUUAUCUGGAGAUACUGCCAUUGAGCAUUUGUAGGUAAUCUGUAUUUGUCUCUUAGGAUGGACUAUGUUUAAAAUAGAUCCUCUUCGUUUAUCAACUGGUCUAAUGUUAAUAUACCGAAAUUCAUCCAUCUCUCCCAUACUGUAUUACCAUUUCUUUCCUGGUUUUAAAGACAGGUUUCCCCACAAAGUCAUUUUAUUGUGGGAGCAAAGGUCAAAUUUAUAUUUUUUGGACAUGUGGUAUCAUUCUAACUGAUGUUAUUGUUUCAAUAGCAUCUUGAGUAUUAAUGUAUGUAUUUAGACCCAAGUGCUACCCAUCUUUCUAGAGGUACUACAUAGGAAUAUUCCAAAGCAGCCCAAUUUGGACAGUUGUUUUCAGUUAUGGGUCUCCAGGAUUGUCUACCUGACGGCAAAUAUACUUGGUGAUACAUUUCUAAGUCUGGGGUCCAAAAUCCUCCUCCUUUUAUCGGUAUCUGCAUUUUUUGCAUAGAUAUUCUUGGAACUGAAGAGCCCCAAAGGCAUUUUCUAAACAAAGAUUUAAUUUUGAGAAAGUAUUUGCUCGGUAUGUGAAUUGGAAUUCCUCUUAAGAUAUAAACUAGGUAUUAUGUUCAUUUUAAGAGCAUUGACUUUUCUCCACAGGGUCAGGUUCAAUGACUCCCAUCCAGUGCUUUUUUUCUUUAAAAAUGUUUAGGGGUACUCUCAUUCUACUACUCAUAUUGAAAUAUUGCUCCUCAAUGAGGCCAAAAAUAGAUUCACAAAAUGUUUAGGGGUGUGCAUACCCCAGAAAAAAGCACUGCUCUCACCUGUCUAUGUCUAUUGAUACCUCAUGGUAUAUUUUGUUGUUGUUUAAUGACACUAAUUUAGAUAAGUCUCAUGGUGUUAAUGUGCCUAGAUAUUUAAUGUUGUCUUUGCAAACAUGAAACUGGUAUUGUUUAAACCAGUGUGGGUGUGUUUCUCUACUUGCCCCUGGAACACCCCAAAGAGGGUGAGAAGGUGCAAGAGGGCAGCCCAGGGGCAAGGAGAGCAGUGCCUCCCCCCCCCCCCCAGCUAUCCAUGGACAUCUGCUGGUGAGCAGUGGUGGCAGUUUCUUCACUCUGCCUAAUCAGGGAGCUGGCCCUGCCACACGGUUCAACUUCAAAAUAAGGAAAGCUGGUCAAAGUCAUUGACAACCCUCGCUUAAAUAUACAUUCAUGUACAGCCCCCCCCCCACAAACCACUCCAUAGAAUAAGGGUCAGCAAACUUUUUCAGCAGGGGGCCAGUCCACUGUCCCUCAGACCUUGUGGGGGGCGGACUAUAUUUUUUUUUGGGGGGGGGGAAAUAUGAAUGAAUUCCUAUGCCCCACAAAUAACCCAGAGAUGCAUUUUAAAUAAAAGGACACAUUCUACUCAUGUAAAAACACGCUGAUUCCCGGACCGUCUGCGGGCUGGAUUUAGAAGGCGAUUGGGCCGGAUCCGGCCCCCGGGCCUUAGUUUGCCUACCCAUGCCAUAGAAUGAUAGAACUGCGGUGUUGAAAGAGACCCUAAGGGCCAUCUAGUCUAACCCCCUGCAAUGCAGGAACCGCAGAUGAGCUUGCGUUCAAGAUAGAGGCCUAGAAGGCUCAGCUCCAGGGAUUCUGGCCGGGGGAGCCAUGGAGGUUGAAGGAAAAGGAGAGGGCAUUAAGUGGAGGGCGUGUGGCUCACAGAAGCUGGAAGGGACCCCUGAGAGUCAUCUAGUCAACCCCCUGCCAUGUGGGAAUCCACCAAGUGCCUGAGGAAGCUGCCUGCCAUGGCUUGGACCAGAGGGACUGGCCCCCACCCCCGCCCCCUCCGCAAUAUUUCUGUAAAUAGUCUUUAAAUUUCUUCCAAUCUUCUUCCACCGACUCUUCUCCCUGGUCACGGAUUCUGCCAGUCAUUUCCGCCAAUUCCAUAUAGUCCAUCACCUUCAUCUGCCAUUCCUCCAGUGUGGGUAGCUCUUGUGUCUUCCAAUACUUUGCGAUGAGUAUUCUUGCUGCUGUUGUAGCAUAAAUAAAGAAAGUUCUGUCCUUUUUUAACACCAAUUGGCCGACUAUGCCCAGGAGAAAGGCCUCUGGUUUCUUCAAGAAGGUAUAUUUAAAUACCUUUUUUAAUUCAUUAUAUAUCAUCUCCCAGAAAGCCUUAAUCUUUGGGCACGUCCACCAAAGGUGAAAAAAUGUACCUUCAGUUUUGCUGUCAUGUUAAUCCCCAGGUAUUUAACUUUCUUAACCACUGUUAAACCUGUCACAUUCUGAAACCUCUCUCUCUCCAUUGAUGUUAAAUUUUUCUCUAAAACCUUAGUUUUUAAUUUGUUCAAUUUAAAUCCUGCAACCUGACCAAAUUCUUGAAUCAGUUCUAAAACCCUUUUAGUACUAGAUUCUGGCUCCUGUAACGUCAGUACUAAAUCAUCUGCAAAUGCUCUCAAUUUGUACUGUUUGGCUCCGACCUGUAUACCUUUAACCAACUGGUCCCUUCUAAUCAUUAUCAUCAUCAUCAUCAUCAUCAUCUAUCAAUGAAUGUUCUGUUAAAAACACAGAUAAUCACAAUAAAAAUGGCACAUGAAAAGCAACAUUAAAAACAAAUCCCUGCAGGAAAAAUCCAAGGAAGUCAUUGUUCACAGCCGGCAUAGCUGACUUGUGGAUUUCUCUACCGCAGGAGGCAGCAAUGGCUGCCAGUACCAGGGGCUCUGCUUUGCCUCCACUGUCAGGAGGCAGAUGUGCUUCUGAAUGCCAGUUGCUGGUUGGCCGCCUGGAGGCUGGGCUCGCCCUUUGGCCUGAUCCAGCAGCCAGACUCUUCUGACGUCCUCAUGGAACCUCCAGGUGCAGAGGCAGUCUAUCUCGAUUCCUUGCUUCUUGGGAAUUGACUAGGUGGGGCACUGGCUGGAUCCAGGGGCUUUUACGCAUAGCUGUCAACCUUCCCCUUUUUUGCGGGAAAUUCCCUUAUUCCAGUGCCGUUUCCCGCUGCUAUCCCGCAUUGUUAGAUAUCCCGUAGACUGUCCCCGGGACAGGAGAGGCUGCUGAUCCCUUAUUUUCAAAUCUGAAAGUUGACAGCUAUGCUUUUACGCUCCAUGAAUGAGUAAAUACAGGGUCUGGCAGACGCCGCUCUCCUUUAUUGAAAGGGGGUUUUAUGGCAGCUGGAACUCAGCGUUCUUGGUGGAGCCUCCACGAAGGUCUGCCGGGUGGCUGAUGGCGCCCGGCAAUCGAUUUUGCUUAUGAAAAUUCUAUAUAUUUAUUAUUUUGGGGUUUUUCUUUCUAAUGGCCAUGUCUCUUUCUGUUGCAACUGAGCUGCCUUGUAGGGAAACGUUUCAGGAAACCACACGGGCAAAUUAUGAAUCGAUGGGCUGCAAAACAAAACAAGGCGGCUUCUGAGAGAGCGCAGAGGAGCCGAGGCUGGGCGGAUCAGUUGGCAACCCUCCUCGCGCCAGGGCCGAAUGGAACGAGCCAAACUCCCUCUGCGCCUGCGCAGUCGUAACCGGCUCCGAAGGAAAGGCAGAGCAUGCGCACUUUGCCCCGUCGGUCUGCUGUGCUUCGAUGGGGCCCCUUCGGCUCCCUCCCUCCCUUCUCGGAGAAGCGGACAUAGAGAUACGUCAUAUCCCUGGGGAGGGGGGAGAAGGAGGAGCGAGAAGGAACCGCCUCAGUAUCGCAAAGAGAAGGGAUUUUGUGUGAGGAAAGGAAAUCACACAAACUUCGGGUCCGAAACGGAAGCUGUGGCCUGGGGGGGGGUUUUGGACGCUCUAUCUCAUGGAGCGUCUAUGGUCCGCGUUCCUCCAGCAAGCCCCGCCCUACUCCCAGCCGGGCUCCUUUCUGUGCUUGUUCCUAGGAGGUGCCUUCUCAGAUGGAAUAAUUAUUAUUAUUAUUAUUAUUAUUAUUUAUACCCCGCCCAUCUGGCUGGGCUUCCCCAGCCACUCUGGGCAGCAGCCAACAAAGUAUUAAAAUACAGUAAGGCAUCAAACAGGAGGCGCCUUCUGCAGGCUUCAGCUGUGAAACGAGGAGAAUUCCCUAGUGUUGGGCCAAGUUCUGUGCAAAUGCUUCCUCGGCACAGCUGCCAACGUUUUCCCCCUUUUAAACGGAAAUCCCCUUAUUGCGAGUAGGAUUCCUCGCAAGAAAAGGGGAAAGUGGGCAGCUCUGCUUCCUGGGCUUGGGGGGAUCUGGCCGAGGGCGGAGGCAAAGAAAGUUCCAUUCCUUCCUUCCUUCUCCGAGCUGAUCCUCCCUUCUGACGCUGCAGAAAUGCUGGUGGGAGAGGGAACUGGAAAUGGGGCACUAAUAAAAGUGAGGAGGGGUCUGGCUCGUCUCUUUGCAAGGAGUGCGGACCCUGCUAGGGCAGUUUUGCUUGCAAAUCAAGGCACGGCAUCUUCGCCGCUUGGCUUUAGGUUUCGCCUGGGUCUUGCCUCUUUUCUUGAAACCCUCCGACCUAGCGGGGGUCCCGGAAUCCCCAUAAGGACUGGAGAGCAGCCGGGGAGCAUUUUGGGUUCUUUUCCAUUCCUUCCUUCUCUGAGCCGUGACCUCCUGCUAUCCUGCCUUCCUCUUCUCUGGAAGAAGGGGCGCCCCCCGCCAUCCCCCCUCCUCCUCCAUCAUCUCGCCACCCCCCCAGUCCUUUACAAGGCGCUUGGACUAGACUAAGGUUGCCAUGUUCCCAAAGGGGAAAAUCUUUGCAGCUGUUAAAACCCCCAACAAAACAAUGAAUGGGGGGGGAGCCCCAAAGAACUCAGGGGCGCAGGAUGCGGAAAAGGACUGCGGGUGGGGAGCCUCGUCCCAGGCAGAACUUUUGGGGCGAGUUGCCCCGGGUCUCUUUUUCCGGAGGGAUGGGGGGUCGUUUUGCACAUUGCGGGGCGAUCCCCUUUCUGACUCGGUGACGCAGGCGCGCGAGAAACAUCCCCCCCCCAAAGAUAACUCUCCCCCACCCCCGGUCCUCGCAGGGGGAGCUCCGCCCAUGGACAGCCUUGCCUCGGACUUGAUGCGUUCCUUCCUUGUCCUGCAAUCCUGCCUUCCUCCUCCAUCUCGCCGCCCCUCCAGUCUCAAAAGCAUGAAGCCGCCGACUUCCCUUUCCUGCCCGUCCCUUUUCUCUGCACAUGAGUCAUGUGCCUUGGAAAAGCAAAUUUUCGCUCCGGCACACCACGCCGGGUUUUCCAUUCAUGCACUUGCGCUUUUUUCUCCUCUCUCUCUCUCUCUCCCUUCUUCCCCGUGCAGAGGCGAGAGCGGGGAUCUCCGAUCCGCAAAGGUAAGAUCGUAGCGCCUCGGCCGCGAAGAAAGUUUGCAAGGAACGUCACACACUGAUUUUGGGUGGAUAGAUAGAUAGAUAAAUUCCUGUAGCGCCUUAGAGACCAGCGAAGCUGUCAACGUUUCUCUUUUCUCAAGGGAAGUUCCCUUACUCCUAAUAGGAUUCCUCGCAAGAAAAGGGAAAAGUGGACAGCUAUGAUGCACACUUCUUCAGAUACACUCUCUCUAUAAGGGUCUGGUGACUUCCUCUUUCAGUGUAUCUGAAGAAGUGUGCAUGCACACGAAAGCUCACGCCAAGAACAAACUCAGUUGGUGUCUAAGGUGCUACUGGAAGGAAUUUUUUUUUUGCAGUUUGGAGGAAAGGCUCAUGGAACUCCCUGCAAUGCAGGAAAUCGUUUUGCCUUGAGUCUCGCUCCCCCGACUGAGCCACCUUGGGGAGUUGGUGAAGUUAUAUGGGCAGAGAGGUUUUCCUCCCUCUCUCCUGACACUAGAAGUGGGUGAGGGGUGGGGGGUGGGGACACAGCCAGUGAAGUUGAACGUGGAAAAAAAAAGGAGGACAGAUAUAUUUAAAAAACCCGAUCCUUCUUGACGCAGCACAGAGUUAAACUAGGGAGCUCCCUCUUGCACGUGGCUGUGAUGGCUCUCAAACUUAAUCAACUGUUUGUUUGGUGUUUUGUUUGGAAUGUUUUUUAGUGUAUUAAUAUUCGGUGUUUGCCGCCCUGAGACCGGUCUUGGCCGGGGAGGGUGGGGUAUAAAUAAAACAUUAUUAUUAUUAUUAUUACUAAAAGGGGUUUAGGCAAAUUCAUGGAGGAGGAGAGGGCUGUGGAUGGCAACUAGGCAAGAGAGCUAUAUUCUCUCUGCCUCUUCAGUCUGGGGCUGCAGCCAGCAGUUCCUCUGAAUGAGAGUUGCAGGAAACUUGGAAGGCAGAGUGCUGGAGGGCAGAGUGGCAGCUGAGUGGUAUUGUGUUUCCACUCGGGGGUUUCCCUCUCAUUGCAACAGCUCCAGUCUAUUCUUGGCUGUUUGCAGGACCAUUUAUAUCACGCCACCCAAGGUCAAUGAAACAGUGACGUCUCUCAAGAAGUGUGCAUGCACAUAAAAACUUAUGCCAAGAACAAACUUAGUUGGUCUCUAAAGUGCUACUGGACAAUUUUUUUUAAAAAAAAUAUUUUUCCACCCAACAUCAGUGUGGGACGUUUCUUCUCCUAUUCCCAGCUGGUCUCGCCCCCCCCCCCCCCAGUUUCAUCAUCCGGUAGCUCAUCUCAUUGAAAUGGGAAAAUACCAGCCUUCUGUGCAGCUUUUGACAAGAGCGGAGCUUCUGGUAUAAGGCUAGCUUCCUUUUGUGGUGCUGUGUGGCAGCUUUUACAUUUGCCACCACCUCCAAGCUCCCCCCCCCCCCAUCGCAGGCACCACCAGUGUUAUGUACUGAAGUUCUCACCCUGGGCCAGCAGGGGGAUACUGUAGAUAGUUAUGCAAAUGAAGGAUCGAAAGUGACAUUCAGUGAUUGGAUGGAUACUGUAGAUAGUUAUGCAAAUGAAGGAUCGAAAGUGACGUUCAGUGAUUGGAUGGAUACUGUAGAUAGCUAUGCAAAUGAAGGAUUGAAAGUGACAUUCAGUGAUUGGAUGGAUACUGUAGAUAGUUAUGCAAGUGAAGGAUCGAAAGUGACGUUCAGUGAUUGGAUGGAUACUGUAGAUAGCUAUGCAAAUGAAGGAUUGAAAGUGACAUUCAGUGAUUGGAUGGAUACUGUAGAUAGUUAUGCAAAUGAAGGAUCGAAAGUGACGUUCAGUGAUUGGAUGGAUACUGUAGAUAGCUAUGCAAAUGAAGGAUUGAAAGUGACAUUCAGUGAUUGGAUGGAUACUGUAGAUAGUUAUGCAAGUGAAGGAUCGAAAGUGACGUUCAGUGAUUGGAUGGAUACUGUAGAUAGUUAUGCAAAUGAAGGAUCGAAAGUGACAUUCAGUGAUUGGAUGGAUACUGUAGAUAGUUAUGCAAAUGAAGGAUCGAAAGUGACAUUCAGUGAUUGGAUGGAUACUGUAGAUAGUUAUGCAAAUGAAGGAUCGAAAGUGACAUUCAGUGAUUGGACGGAUACUGUAGAUAGUUAUGCAAAUGAAGGAUCGAAAGUGACAUUCAGUGAUUGGAUGGAUACUGUAGAUAGUUAUGCAAAUGAAGGAUCGAAAGUGACAUUCAGUGAUUGGAUGGAUACUGUAGAUAGUUAUGCAAAUAAAGGAUCGAAAGUGACAUUCAGUGAUUGGAUGGAUACUGUAGAUAGUUACGCAAAUGAAGGAUCGAAAGUGACGUUCAGUGAUUGGAUAGUUUUAGAAAGUUGUUACAGUAACGUGGUACUGGAGCUCUAUAUAAGCAGGCUGGCUCAACCCUUCAGUUCAGUUCUGUUCUGGCCUGUGAAUAAACAAGAGCUGUUUGAAGAAUCGCUGUGUCGUCUGAUAUGUUCACCCACAAAUUAACAACCAGCACUCCCAACAGCUGCUCAUGGAGGCCAGCUUGGGUGGGUGGGUUUCUCUCUCUCUCUCUCUUAUAAUAUUUUUAUUGGUUUUUACAAAUAUUUCCAUCAUAACGUCAAUUUUACAAAUAAAAUAAAGAAACAUUUGGCUAUAUUAGCCGGGAACUUCCCUCAUCCUCGACUAAUGGUUUUCCAACUUGAUCUCUAAUAUGCAUUUUAUAAAUAAUAAAUAAUUUUUAUUUAUACCCCGCCCUUCCCGGUUCAGAAAACCGGGCUCAGGGCGGCUAACAGCAAAUUUAAAACACUUAAUUGAUGCAACAAAAAACAGCAUAAAAUACAGUAUAAAACGUGAAUAACAAUAAAUUCAGAAUUCAAAAAUCAAUUUGGGGGAAUCCAUCCAAUAAACAUUAGAUGAUUGCCAGGGCUAGCUGGCUAAAUUAGAUCCCAGAGCAGGUAAUCUUCAUAAAAAGGGGAGAGGGCGUUUUUUCGGGUGGCGGACUGCUAAAACCUGGAAGUACCGGAAUGGGUCACUUCCAGAUUUCGGCGGGCGCACAUGCGCAGAAGCGCUAAAUUGCGCUUUGCACAUGCGCAGAAGCGCUGAAUCGCAAUCCAUGCAUGCGCAGACACAGGUCCUCCAAGACCGUGAUGAACAAUAAUGGAGGUAACGGACAAUUCUGCCAGGUACCUUUUGUAAUUUCAAGGCGUGGGUGGGUUUCUCUACUUGCCCCUGGACCACCCCAAGGAAGCCAGGGGGCAGGCCAGGGGCAAGUAGAGGAGUCCAGGAGCAGCGUCCGGAGUGUUGGUGAGCAGGGGGCGCACUGGGCUGGCAGCCCUGACCUGGGGCAGCUGGCCACCCAGACAGAUUUCUUCACUCUGCCUAAUCAGGGAGCUGGCCCUGCCCCAUUUUUCAACUUCAAAACGAGGAAAGCUGGUCAAAGUCAUUGACACCCUUGCUUAUCCGGACUUCCCCCCCCUCCAUUGAAUCAUAGAACUGCAAAGUUGGAAGGAGUCCUGUGGGUCAACCCCCUGCAAUGCAGGAAUCUCAACUGAACUAUGCUCGGAGUCAAGAGUGGAUUUCAUGCUCUUUAGUGGUGAGGAGGAAUGGAAGUUCCCUCAGGAUGUCUGCUUUAUAUUCCUUAUUUACACAAUGGGCCCCACGUGAUUGGCUAAUUCUGGGAUUCUCCUGUAGGCCAAUCAGGUUGCGGAUUCCCUUCCACCUGUAGCUGGAUUGGGUGGUUCCUGUGGACCAAUCAGACUGCAGCAUUCUGAAUCCUAUUGCUCUAGGACCAAUCAGACUGCAGCAUUCUGAAUCCUAUUGCUCUAGGACCAAUCAGACUGCUGCAUUCUGAAUCCUAUUGUUCUAGGACCAAUCAGACUGCUGCAUUCUGGACCCUAUUGUUCUAGGACCAAUCAGACUGCAGCAUUCUGAAUCCUAUUGUUCUAGGACCAAUCAGACUGCUGCCUUUUGGAUCCUGUUCAACUCAGUACAUAACAUCAACUAUCACACCCAAGGAAUAUGGAGAGGUGAAUCAUGAACUAAACAACACUGUAGAUGGCUUGUGAAAAUUCGUUCACAAUAAUGUAGGACAUUUCAACUCCUUCUAAUACAUAAAUAAUAUAUGCAAUGCAAAAAUUUCAAUAACAAUGACAGACGCAGCUCACUAUUUCGAAGCCAACAGUCCAGGUAUUCCCGAAAUAAUUCUGUGAGAAUGACUAUGUAUACUUGUGCUGGUGUGAUCCCAGCGGAACUCCCAUGACGAGAGACCCAGAUUUCAAUCUCUGUUUCGUGAUUCUCCUUCUGGUCGGCCCGAAAAGGAACCCUAAAUGAUGCCUGACUUGCUUAUAAGAAGUUAUUCAUUAGUUCCUUGAGAUGCAUUGUGGGGAAUGUAUGUGGGAGAACAACAGCAUGAACCAGAACGAAUGUAGCCUUUGGUGGGGCCAGGACAAGUUCCCUGUGCUGGGGUUAAGCCAUGGGACAGGUGCAGUCCCUUUGAGCAUGUGCAGAGUGCAUGUUACGGAGCGCCAUUAGCCAUCCUCCAUACAGUUAGCAUUAGAAGAAAUACCUGUAUUCUCCAGACUGAAUUCCAGGCAGACUUGGUGAACGGGGAGGGUGGUGUCUAGGCCAGGGCUUUCCUGGGGGAACCCAGAAUGGAGAGAGAUUUACACCCCCUACAUUUAGGAUGUCUUCUCUUUUCAGACAGGUGCUUGCUCCUAGAGGGACUGAAGACGUGAAUCUCUGAGCCAGACUCCCAAGUUCCGAUCUGCAGAGACCAAAAUCGUGUGCAAUCGCCUUCUGAUGGGCCAAGCAUGGAUGGCAGUCCAUUCAAGUUUUUACUUUUCUUUGGAAUAGUCUUUCUCCCUGGUAAGUUGUUCAAUUGCAAUAGAAGGUCUGUCGCUCAGGUCUGAUGGCAUUGCCAGGGAGGGUUGAUAGGGGCGACCCCUAUCAAAAGCCUGGAGAAGUUCUGCCAGUCUGUACACAAAACAAUGCUAAAUAUACCACAUCAAGGGAAGUCAUGUUGUUGUUGUUGUUGUUGUUGUUUAGUCGUUUAGUCGUGCCCAACUCUUCGUGACCCCCUGGACCAGAGCAGGCCAGGCCCUCCUGUCUUCCACUGCCUCCCUCAUGCUGGUAGCUUCGAGAACACUGUCCCACCAUCUCGUCCUCUGUCGUCCCCUUCUCCUUGUGCCCUCCAUCUUUCCCAACAUCAGGGUCUUCUCCAGGGAGUCUUCUCUUCUCAUGAGAUGGCCAAAGUCUUGGAGCCUCAGCUUCAGGAUCUGUCCUUCCAGUGAGCACUCAGGGCUGAUUUCCUUCAGAAUGGAGAGGUCUGAUAUUUUUGCAGUCCAUGGGACUCUCAAGAGUCUCCUCCAGCACCAGAAUUCAAAAGCAUCCAUUCUUUGGCGAUCAGCCUUCUUUAUGGUCCAUCUCUCACUUCCAUACCUUACUACUAGGAAAACCAGAGCUUGAACUAUACGGACCUUUGUUGGCAAGGGGAUGUCUCUGCUUUUUAAGGGAAGUCGUAGUCCCACUCUAUUCUGCCUUGGUCAGAGCACACCUGGAAUACCUUGUCCAAUUCAAGGGCACCACAGUUUAAGAAGGAUGUUGGCAAUCUGGAGCACAUGCAGAGGAGAGAGACCAAGAGGGUGAAGGGUCUGGAAACCGAGCCUUAUGAGGAGCGGUUGAAGGAGCUGGGUGUGUUUAGCCUGGAAAAGAGGAGAAUCCUCCGGAAAAACAAUCUCUCCAAGGACCUCUUGAUGGCAUUUUACCAUUGUACUGUGGAGAGUGUAUUAACUUAUGGUCUGGGUGUGUGGUUUGGGAGCUGCACGGCCAGGGGAAAAACAACGCUAUCCAGGGUUGUAAAGACUGCGGAGAGCAUAAUUGGGUGCCCUCUUCCCACCUUGGAUCAAAUCUACGCUUCCAGGUACCAUAAGAGAGCUGCAGAGAUAGCGCAGGAUCAUGCGCACCCCGGAAAGGAUCUCUUUCAGCUUCUGCCUUCUGGAAGAAGGUCCAGGGUUAUAAAGACUAGGACUAGCCGCCUGAGAAACAGUUUCUAUCCAAAUGCAAUUUUGGUUUUAAACGCAGUGUAAGGUAGUCUCUGUGGGAGUAUAUUGUAUUUAAUUAUGGGGAAUCAGAGUUUUUAGGGGGCUAACCAGGUUGGGAUAGCUGGGAUAGCAGGCUUGUGGGUUUUUGUCUGAUGUAGAUUUUUUUAAUUUCGUUGUUCUGCAUGGGACAAUGACAAUAAAGAUUAUCGUAUUGUAUUGUAUCGUAUCAUAUGAAAGCCAUCAUCAAAUAUCUCAAGGGCUGUCACAUGGAGGAGGGAACCAAAUGUUUUCUCCUGCUCUGGAGGGUAGGACUCGAACCCAUGGCUUCAAGUUUCAAGAAAGGAGAUACUGACUAAACAUCAGGAAGACCUUUCUGAGGGUAAGAGCUGUUCGGCAGUAGAACGGUCUCCCUCAGGAGGUGGUGGUCUCUCCUUCCUUGGAGGUUUUUAAGCAGAGGUUGGAUGACCAUCUGUCAUGGGUACUUGAGUUUAGAUUCUUGCCUUGCGGGGGUUGGACUAGAUGACCCUUAGGAUCCCUUCCAACCCUUCAUUUCUAUGGUUUUAUGAUUUUUUUAUUCGAUAUUAUUUUGGGUGAUUGUAUUUUUUGCAAGUAUACGUUUUGUAGGGACGCGGGUGGUGCUGUGGUCUAAACCACAGAGCCUAGGGCUUGCCGAUCAGAAGGUCGGCGGUUCGAAUCCCCGCGAUGGGGUGAGCUCCCGUUGCUCGGUCCCUGCUCCUGCCAACCUAGCAAUUCAAAAGCACGUCAAGUGCAAGUAGAUAAAUAUGUACCGCUCCGGCGGGAAGGUAAAUGGCGUUUCCGUGCGCUGCUCUGGUUCGCCAGAAGCGGCUUAGUCAUGCUGGCCACAUGACCCAGAAGCUGCACGCCGGCUCCCUCGGCCGGUAAAGCGAGAUGAGCGCCGCAACCCCAGAGUCGGCCAUGACUGGACCUAAUGGUCAGGGGUCCCUUUACCUUUACCUUAUACGUUUUGUAACUUUUGGACUACAACUCCCAUCACCGCUAGCUAGCAGGGCCAGUGGUCAGGGAUGAUGGAAACUGUAGUCUUUGUAGUCCAAAAACUGGCGACCCAAGUUUGAGGAAUAUGGCCUUAUUUCCUUCCUUCCUUUUCUUUGCUUUAUCAGGAACUGGACCCACAGCACAGAAUUCUCCCCCUACUUAUGUGAAUGAGCUCCAGGGAAGAUCGGUUUUGCUUCAUAUAAACAUUCCCUCAGGAAUAACAGUGGACAUAAUCAAAUUGGAUUUCCAGUCCUGGACGGGCGAGAUCAGCCAACUUGCUGAAAUAAAUGGAACGGUGAAAUAUACCAGUGACCGGUUGGGGCAGCGGCUCACAAUGGUCAAUAAGACCACCCUGAAGAUCAGCCACCUACAAAUGGAAGACAGUGGCCUCUACAAGGCUCAUGUGAGGUUUAAGGAAGUAGCCUUGUAUCCAACAAACUUGUUCUACCUCACCGUCUCUGGUAAGCAAUUAUUCUAAGAUCCUUCUCUGCCUCUGGUGGAACCGAACGUGGAACCUAAGAAUCCAAGAAGAGUGUGCUGGAUCAGGCCCAUGGCCCAUCUUGUCCAGCAUCAUCUUCUCACACUGGCCAGCCAGAUGCCCAUGUGAAAACAGCAAGCAGGAUUUGAACACAAGAGCCCUUUCCUCUCCAGUGGUUUCCAGCAAGAGGGUAUUCAGAAGCAUAGCUGCCUCUAGCUGUAGUGAAUGCCACCAACUCAGAUGGCUUUAAAAUAGGGCCAGGCAAGUUAAUGGAGGAUGUCGAUGGCUACUAGCAAUGAUGGCUAGGGUCUACUUCCUCCGUUGGGGGCAGUGAGCAUCUGAGUCCCCGCUGCCAGGAAUCCCAGGUGGAGGGAGUUUGCUGUUGUGGGUCAGGUCCAGCUUGUGGGCACCUGGUUGGCCACCGUGAGAAAAGGCUGUUGGACUAGAUGGGCCCCUUUGGUCCGAUCCUGCUGAUGGGUGCUUCUGAUGUUCUUACAUUGCAGCUAUUUUUUUUUUUUGGGGGGGGAGCCAAGUUUAAAGCCCUAAACAGCCUUGGCCCAGUAGACCUGAAGGAGAGUCUCCAUCCCCAUCGUUCUGCCCAGACACUGAGAUCCAGCUCUGAGGGUCUUCUGGCAGUUCCCUCCCUGCGAGAAGCCAAGUUACAGGGAACCAGGCAGAGGGCCUUCUCGGUGGUGGCUCCUGCCCCGUGGAAUGCCCUCCCACCAGAUGUCAAGGAAAUAAACAACUACCUGACUUUUAGAAGACAUCUGAAGGUGGCUCUGUUUAGGAAAGUUUUUAAUGUUUGAUGUUGUGGCUUUUUAAAUUAAUAUUCUGUUGGGAGCUGCCCAGAGUGUCUGGGGAAACCCAGCCAGAUGGGCGGGGUAUGUAUAUAUGUAUAAAUAAUAAAAAAUAUUAACAAUAAAUUAAUAAUAAUAAUAAGAAGAAGAAGUUCUGGAAAGCCCUGGUGCAAAAACAGCGUAGGUUUUUCAUUCAUUUAAGGAAGGCAAGCAAGAUGACCAAGGGUCUGAAAACCAGGCCUUAUGAGGAAGGUUGAGGGAGUUGGGGAUGUUUCGCCUGGAGAAGAGCGGAGGGACAGGUGACACGAGAGACACCUUCAAAUAUCUGAAGUGCUGUCACAGGGAAGAUGGAGCGCGCUUGUUUUCAGGGCUUCUCCGGAGCCCUGAUCCAAUGGAUUCAAACGGCAAGAAAGGAUAUUCUGACUAAAUAAUAAUAAUAAUAAUAAUUUAUUUGUACCCUACCCAUCUGGCUGGGUUUCCCCAGCCACUCUGGGCGGCUUCCAACAAAGUAUUAAAAUACAGGCCCUCAGAGCUUGACCUCAGUGUCCGGGCAGAACGAUGGGGGUGGAGAUGCUCCUUCAGGUAUACUGGGCUGAGACUGUUUAGGGCUUUCAAGGUCAGCACCAACACUUUGAAUUGUGCUCAGAAACAUACUGGGAGCCAAUGAAAAGUUUUCAGGACCAGUGUUAUAUGGUCCUGGCAACCACUCCCAGUCACUAGUUUAGCUGCCGCAUUCUGGAUUAGUUGUAGUUUCCGGGUCACCUUCAAAGGUAGCUCCACAUAGAGUGCAUUGCAGUAGUCAUAGAAUCAUAGAAUCAUAGAGUUGGAAGAGACCACAAGGGCCAUCGAGUCCAACCCCCUGCCAAGCAGGAAACACCAUCAGAGCACUCCUGACAUAUGGUUGUCAAGCCUCUGCUUAAAGACCUCCAAAGAAGGAGACUCCACCACACUCCUUGGCAGCAAAUUCCACUGUCGAACAGCUCUUACUGUCAGGAAGUUCUUCCUAAGUUCUUCCUAAUGUUUAGGUGGAAUCUUCUUUCUUGUAGUUUGGAUCCAUUGCUCCGUGUCCGCUUCUCUUCCCAAGCUUUAUCUUCCCAAGCGGGAGAUAACUAGAGCAAAGACUAAACCUUUGGAACAGCUUUCUGACAGUAAUAACUGUUCAGUGGUGGAAUGGUCUCCUUCAGAAGGUGGUGGACUCUCCUUCCUUGGGGGUUUUGAAGCAGAGGUAGAUGGCCACCUGUCAGGGGUGAUCUAGUUGAGAUUCCUGCAUGGCGGGGGCUGGGAGUACAGGACCCUUGGGAAUCCUUUCUACAACUCUAUGAUUCAUUUUUUUAAAAAUAAAUUUUUAUUAGUUUCUCAACAUAUCAUUUUCAUCAAUAAUUAAACAUACUUUUAUAUCUUAUACCAUUUUUUUGACUUCCAUCAAUCACAUCUGAAAAUUUUCCAAUCUAUUCACUUAAUAUACAUUUCUUACUUUUAUUAUUACUUUUAAAUCUCAUAACACAUAUCUCUAUUCUUUCUCUACUUUGCAAUGUUUCAUAUAUUUCUCCUUACAAAACUUCCUGUAGUCCUACUAGCGUAAUUUGUUGAUUACAGUUCUUCAAAUAGUUCGUGUACGCCUUCCAAUCUUCUGUGAAUCUCUGGUCCUUCAGGUUUCCAAUCCUUCCUGUCAUUUUGUCCAAUUCUGCAUAGUCCAUUAUUUUCGUCUGCCAUUCUUCUUUUGUCGGAAUUUCUUCUUGCUUCCAUUUCUGGGCUAACAAUACUCUUGCCACUGUUGUUGCAUAUAUGAACAAUUUAACAUCUUGCCUGUUAAUAUCCUCACCUAUAUAAUUCAUUUUUAACAGCUCCAGUGCCAAAGCCGCAGAUCACUCUGCUAAACGUCUUCAAGACUUCAGAGGGUGUCAACGUGACCCUGCGGUGUCUGGUACCUGGAGAGGAAAAGAUUGACAUCUCCUGGGGAAGAGGGGACCCCGCCAGCCCCUUGGAAGAAAGCUCAGAUAGGCACUGCCUCUCUGGCAAUGACACUGUUCUCCAGUUGUUCCGGCAAUCCUGUUACACAAACUCCACCAUCAUCACCUGCCAAGCCAGCAAUGCUGUCGAUCAGAAGAAUGCCUCAUAUGACUUGAACAGAAUCCCCGAGUGUGAAGGUGUGCGCCUGAUUGACCCCACCUAUAAUGGUAUGGGUAUUGCUUGUGCGUAAGUUGCCGCCUCUCCUGGCUAUGUUGCCUUGUUAAACCUUUCUGUCUGGACAGCCCUUCAAUUCGUGGCUGCCUCAGUCGCUAGCAGAAUCCGUCAGUGGGCGUUUCUUAAACCUUUUCCAACAUAAAAGUUGUUUGACACCCAGUCUCCUCCUACUUUCUCUGCACGGAAGUCUUCUGCGCAGGGAGGGCGUGGGUAGCGGAGGACCAGUGCUCUCCCCGCUGGUGUCCGGUGAAGAGUCCUGGGAGCCCUCUCGCCGAUUCCCCAUCUGCCCCUCCUUAUUCCUGGUGUUGCACUGAAUUGCUUCCCCAUCUGCUGAGCUGCCUCUCUCCCUGCUGGGCCCUUCUCCAGCAUCAUUGGAGAGCCUUCCCUCCACCUCUAGCUCCGAUGUCAGUUCCCUGACACCACCCUUCUUUCCCCCAUUAUGCACUGCUUGCAAUAACUUUUGUUUCCCUGAGCCUUUGAGGCAGUAGCAGUGGAUGCAAAAUGUACUAUCAAUCAGGCUGAGAAUUUUUCCACCUUGGUUUUUAAAUAUUUGAGUGUUGCGAUUUGGCGAUUUGAUGGCAAUUUGGAUGGAUUCUUGAGCUGGGAUUCCUGCAUUGCUGGGGGUUGGACUAGAUGAGCCCUGCGGCUCCCUUCCAGUUCUGCAAUUCUAUCAUGUCACCUCCUCUGCAAGUGUAUUAACUAAGUUGAAAUGAAAUGAUGCUUAUCCCUUAAAGCACUGUACAGUGGUACCUCUGGAUGCGAGUAGACGUAAUAUGCGACUGCGCGUGCGUGGGUCACGUUUCACCGCUUCCGUGCAUGUGCGUGACGUCAUUUUGAGUGCGCAUGCGCGAGCGGCAAAACCCGAAAGUAACGUGCUCCGUUACUUCCAGGUCGCCGCGGAGCGUAACUUGAAAACACUCAACCUGAAGCAUAUUUAACCUGAGGUAUGACUGUAUUCAGUUUGAGUAAUGAGCCGUUAAGUUGGUUCCCUGAAAACUGGACUUUGGCUUCCAGUAUUCCAAAACUGCAAAAUUGGGAUGGAGUGUUCGGCAGUCCAGGCAGCUGUGUGGUAUAUACUGCAUUUGCUCAGCUAAAAAAGCAAAUUAAGGUUUUGUGACAGCCCAACUCUCAUUCUGCCUGGAGAAAAGCUGAAAUCAGUUCACAGUCUUUUCUGAUGCCCUCCGUUGUUGUUGUUGCUGUCGCCCUCAAGGGAGAAUUUUUCCUUAUUAUUGCAGGUGCAGAUUGGAAGAUUUUGGGGAUUAUUCUUGGGAGUAUUUUUGGGAUCGUUGCUCUCGGACUCCUCAUCUGUUGGAAGCGGAAAGCAUUAACAUCCAGAUUUCAAACGGUAGGAAUGUGUGUGUGUUAUUCUUCUGACCCUCUCAUCCGAAUUUGGGUUGCCACUUAUUGUUUUCCCUUCCUCUUUGUUUAUCCUGAGAGGCAGAAUCUGGCCAGUUCCUCCAAAUGAUGUGUUUCAUUUUACGUGCCACAGUUUUUACAUCCGCAAGGCCAAAGGCACAAUUGGGUGCCACCCGAUAUUAACGCUCCUCUAGCGCUUUCUCUCAAGUAUUCCCGAAUAAGGUUGGAACUCCACAAAGAUCUGAAUCCUCUUUACAAAACUGCUUUUAAAAAGAAGGGUGUGUGUGAAGGAGGAGUGUGCUUUGUUCUGCCUGCCAAAAUGGGAGGCUUUUGGCUGAUAAACAACCCACAAGUUUCGAGGUUUCCACAUUUAAACCCAUUAGUGAAUAUUCCUGGGUUAUUUUCAGGAAGUCUGAGGCUUAAGGAUUUCCAGCAGAGGAGCAUGUCCCUCUAUCAGUGGGGGGAGGAAAAGUGCUGCCCCACCUGCCACCCACUGUGUGUGUGUGUGUGUGUGUGUGUUGCAUUGUGUGCUGAGAUUCCUCCUGUCUGGUUGAUGGAGCUCCUUUGUAGCACGAUGCCCAAGACGCCAGUUGUGCCUGGGUUUAGGUGGGCUCAACUCUGUUUUAGGAGCUGGUGCCAGGCCCAGCAAACUAGAUCCUCUUAAGUCUCAUCUAAGGAUCCUCACCAUCAACUUAAUCAACAGCCCUGUUUCUUGCUUUGCCUGCAGGUUUUCUGCCACAAGAAUUCCACAUCCAACACAACUGAAUUGCAGGAAGUGGAAACUUCACCAAGUGCCUCUCAAAAUGGCUAUUCAAAAUGUGCACCUUCGGAGCCAGACAAACCAGUGACUCCACCCCUUAGUCCACGUGAAAACUCCUGAUGGGUCUUGGCAGACCUCUUCCUGAUUUUUGCAAAGUACCGUGCCAAGGGCUGUUUUUAAUUCGAUUUUUACUACUUCCCUUAUUUAUUAUAUUGCACUUUGUUGCAUUACAAUCUGCACUGGAUAUAAUUUAAAUUGCAAUGCAGUAUAAUGCAAUACAAGGAAGAAAUGGAACAGUAAAAAUUUUAAAAGUUCAAUGUGAAUAUUUAAUGUGAUGGA